AUGAGUACUUUAGAACAAUAUCUUAAAGUUAUUGGAUUAAAAUCUUAUAAAGAUUUAAUGAUUGAUAAUGGAUAUGACGAUCCAGAAUUAAUUUCAGAAUUAACAGAAGAUGAUUUGGUUGCAAUUAAUGUAAAAAGAGGGCAUGCAAAACGUGCAUUUUUAAAAGCUAAAGAAUUGGCAGGUAAACAAAAUGAAAGUUCAGCUAAAUCACCAGAUGUUUCAUCAUCAACAACAACAGCAUCAACAUCAUCAUCAUCAUCAUCAUCAACAUCAGCACCAGUUGAAGAAAAGAAAAGAACAACAACAAUUAGUAUUGGUAAAAAAGGUGAAGAUAAUGAUGAUGAUGAUGAAGAAGAAGAGAAAGCUUCAUAUAGUGGUCCAAUUUUACAAAGUAAAGUAUUGAAUGAAGGUUUCAUUCAAAAGAAAGGUAAUGAAGGUUUCUUUGGUUCAAAGAUGUUUCAAAAGAGAUAUUUUAAAAUUUAUGAAGAAGGAAGAUUGGCAUAUUUUAAGAAUCAAAAUGAUGUUUCACCAAUUGGUGUUAUCGAGAUGAAAGGUGCAUUGGCAUGCGAAGAUAUGGAGGGAAAGCCACAAGGAUUUAAAUUAUCCAUGAAAACAAGCGCACGUGUUUAUUGGUUAGUUGCAAUGACCAAUGACCAAAAACAAAAGUGGGUAUCCGUUAUCAAACAGCAAAUCACCCCACCAGCCGUACCAAAACCAAUAGAUCCAAAUGAAAUCAGACCAUACUUACAAAACACUGAAGAACCACCACAAUGUGCCUCCACCCGUUUCGAUGCAUCCAAUUCAUGGGAUGCCAUUGAAAAACAAAUUAUCGAGGGUCAAAUUCGUUUACAUAUUCAUAGUAAUGGUGAUUUAUUCGUAGAGGAGACUCGUUCAAUUGAAGUUGGUGAGGAGGGUUUAGUUUGGAUUGAAGAUUUACCAAAAUCAAUUGACGAUCGUACAGUUCAUUUCCAAUCAUUCACAGAGCCAACUGCUUUCGUCUCUGAACAAACCUAUCAUAAUGAUGCAAAAACUCCAGAAAGAAUGUUAUCAAAAUUAAUUGGUAAAGAAAUUCAAGUUUCAGUACCACGUGAUGACCAUUUCGAUGAACCAUUAUUACUUAAAGGUCAACUCAUUUAUAAUGCAAAUGAUUCAACCUAUGCUCUUCAAGAUAAAGAAACCAAUACAAUUCAUUUCCUUAAAACCGAUGAAGCCAUUAGUUAUAAUCUAUUGGAUACCACUACAAUCGAUCCAAUCUUUAGAAAUUCAUCAUUGGAAUGGAAUAUUAAUGGUAAAGAACCAAAACAUUUAUCAAAGAUUUCUUACAAUUCUAAAGAUCUUUUCAAAUGGAAUGCUACUUAUGUUUCUGUACUUAAUCCAAGAGAAACUGAAAUGGAAAUUAGAGGUUGGUUUACCAUUGAAAAUGAGUCUGGUAAAACUUUUAACAAUUCAAAUGUAAUUCUAGUUAGAGAACCAGAGGAAAAGAAAAAAGAUGAAGAAAAGACCGAUGAAUCCGCCUUACCAAUUGGUUUACCAAAAUUGGGUGGAUUCGGUUUAAAACUUCCAAAGAUUGGUGGAUUCGGUGGUGAUUCAGAAACACCAGUACCAGAGAAGCGUAUCUAUCGUUAUGAAGUCCCUCAUAAAACUACACUCAGAGAUGGCGAAUCUAAACAAAUCUGUUUUGUCAGUACUAAAUUACCAGUAAAGUCUUUUGAUUUCAUCACUUUUGCAACACCAAAUUAUCAAAAGUAUGCUAUGAUCGGUAAAGAUCAAGGUGCAAAUGCUGCCUCUUCAGUUAAUUCAUCGGUUACUUUCACUUGGAAUUUACCAUACUCAAUUCCAGCUGGUCAAAUGAAAUUACAAAGACAAUUAAAAGAUAAAUUUGGUUCCGAUAUUGUAAAUACUUUUGAUAUCGCUCAUUAUAACCCAACUGAUAUCAUUUCAUUACCACUUCAACCAUUGGGUAAAGUUUCUUCAACUCGUACCCAAACUGGUUUUAACUUUGAUCUCAAUGGUUUAUUCAUUGUUGAAACCUAUGAAAUUCGUGUAAACAAUGGUCGUGAAGAACCAAUUAAAAUCACUGUUGAAGAAUCUUUAUACCGUUCAACUUUCUGGGAAAUCACUAGUAGUAGUCAUAAAUUCACUCCACAUCCAACUCAUUCUCGUAAAAUUCAUUGGCAAUUAUCAAUUCCACCACUUGAUGGUGAAGUAAUUAAAUAUUCUGUAUUUUAUAGUGGUUUAAAUUUACCAGCAAGUAUGACUGCUAAAAAAGAUGAAAAAACUAAUUAA